AUGAAGAACAUUCCAUAUGCUUUUGUUAUUAGAAGUCUUAUGUAUGCUCAAGUAUGCACAAGGUCCGACAUUACAUUUGCUGUUGGAAUCUUAGGAAGAUAUCAGAGUAAUCCAGGUAUGAAUCACUGGAAAGCUGCAAAGAAGGUGUUGAGAUAUCUUAAAGGAACAAAAGAUUACAUGCUAAUGUAUAGGCAGACGGACAAUCUUGAUGUGAUCGGCUAUUCAGACUCCGACUUUGCUGGUUGUGUUGAUUCUCGCAAAUCAACACCAGGAUAUAUUUUUAUGAUGGCUGAUGGAGCUAUUUAA